ACUCGUCACUGGAGAGUGUCUACUGUCCAUGGCUACUGGGCGUCCGUGCCGCCACCUACUUCCAUUCCCAAUUCUCCAUGGUCGGCUGCACCACGGCUAGUCCUCUCGUCGGCGACCAUCGGAGAAAUCUCAAUUCCUGGGUGAAACCCAACCAACACAACCCAGGUGGAGGCGAUCGGCCACUCGCGGCGUUGAAUCGACGAUGCGUGGCAUUUGGGAGAAAAUCCGGUCCGCGGUUUGCAUAUCCGGCGGAAACCGCCGCAGGCCCCCAACCCCUUCGUCCCCGAACCACGCUGCCGCCGAUGGCGAAGGACGCGGCGGCGGAGGCGUGGGGGAGGAGGACCUCAUCAGCUCGCUCCCCGACGACGUGCUCCUCCUCGUCCUCCUCCGCCUCCCGUCCGCCGCGGUCGCCGCGCGGACCUGCGUCCUCUCCCACCGCUGGCGCCGCCUCUGGGCGCACCUCCCGGAGCUGCGGUUCCCGCACCCCACCGACCUGGUCCGCGCCCGCGCAGCGCUCACCGCCCACGCGGACCCCGCGCUCCGCCUGCUGCGCGUCGUCGCCAGUGGCGCCGACCCUGGCGACGUGGCCGCGGUACUCCUCCUCGCCGCGCCACGCCUCACCGGCGAUCUCUUCUUCCACAACAUGGCGCUGGAGGAGCACCGGGCCGGGGCUGGUGGCGCCGUCGAGCUGCCCUGCUUCGAGAAGUCUGAACGGAUUUUCCUCCACCUAGGGUACCUUGGCCUCAUGCUCCCGCAGUCCGGCGUGUUCGCGAAGCUCACUGUGCUGCGCGUGACCCACGUCCGGUUCCAUGGCCCCUGCGACCUCGGCGACGCCCUCUCGUCAGCGCGGUGCCCGUCACUGCGAGACCUCCGUAUCGACUACGCUCAAGGGGUGUCCAACCUUGCCGUCCAUUCGGAGUCUCUGCUCAUUAUGGAUUUGUUUAGGCUGGAAGGGUUGCAGCAGCUCACGGUUGUGGCGCCAAUGCUUACAAAACUGUGUGUCUUCGGCUGCUUCUUGAUUGGGAGCCAACCAGUGGCUGACAUCUCUGCCCCGGUUCUAGAAACUCUCUGGUGGUCUAAUGUGUAUGAUCCGAGCUCGGUCCAGUUCGGUGAGCUCGCACACCUACAGAGAUUGACCACCUACACCGUUGCCAGGUACGGAUCGCCUGAUUAUCUAUACAGUCGGGACACUGUGAUGCUAUUGCAGCACUUUAAAAAGAUCCCAAUUCUUGAUCUUCAAAUCGCCCAUCCAUAUGAAGCUAUGGUUAACUCCCAGGAUUUGAUGGAAGUCCUAACCUUGCUCCCUGACAUUGAGAUGUUUCACCUGUUAGUAUCAAUCAACGGACAUGCCUUUGGACCUUGUGUACUCCAUUUGCUUAGGAUUUCUCCAGGUAUAAGAAAACUGAAGCUGACGAUACAUGAAGAUAUUCAGGGACAAACUGCUUGUCCACCGGGUUGUGUUUGUCAUCAGCCACAAGACUGGGAAACUGAGGGACUCUUCUUGAAUUCUCUCCAGGAAGUGGAGAUCUGUGGAUCCAGAGGAGCAGAACAUGAACUCGCAUUUCUGAAACGUCUAUUGAGAUGGGCGGCAGCGCUCAAAACAAUUACUAUAGUUUUCGAUCCUGCCGUUGCUGUCAGUGAGGAGCUUUGUAAGGAGCUACUCGGCCUCUCUGGGCCAGAGGCUUGCAUGAAGAUUUACUUAUAUCGUGAUGGGGCAAUGGUGAUGUAUGCACAGGUAGACUAGGGCAGUUUUAAGGGCUGUGUCUUACCGAGUAUGACUAACUUUGGCAUCGAAAUAUGACCGUAACUUCGACACUGUAUGGUCAUAGUGACUACCCAACUGCUUUACAUAAGGACUUGGAGUGGCUUCACGUGUAGUUUGUGGCCACUGACCAAUCUUAUAUGAGGAUCUGCACACAAGUAUGAAAUGCGAUGCUUGGCCGGUUCUUUCCACUUAAGUAGUGACAUAUUAUUAAAUUACUUUAUCACUACGAAAGUGAUGGUUCUUGCAUGUUUCCAGGAGUAGUGGUGCUCUUUUGCAGAUUUACAUGCUUUGUUUCUUCUUGUGGACUGACAAAAGCUUCCAUAUGACAUGCAAUUUUGUUUGUACUGGUAAAA